AUGUGUUGGGCAGAUUCCGAGGACCUGGAGAAGGCCUUGAAGCGUUUGGAGUUGAUGGACCCCGAGCAAAGCAAUCAGUUGACAGAGAUCGUGACCACGACUCUCAUGUUCAAAGGCGGCACCGGAGAGCUGUCGCACAAGGCGCCGCCUGGUUGUCCAGAUGCCCCUGUCACGUCACAGACCAUGCAGAAUGCUAUAGGCUGUGACGGAGAAGCUAUCGAGGCACUAAACUUCAAGAACUUUAGUCCUGGAGGCGCACAAGACAGCAUGGAAGCUGUAGGCGAGCAGUUAAGUUCAGUCUUUGUGUCUCUGCAGCCAUGCAGGGCGUUUGAGCCAAACAUGACGCACGUGCUCGUCAAAGUUACGAAGGCACAGAUGGCCACUUUGCAGACCACUGAGUGCAGCUUCUCCGUCUUGAAGCAACUGCCAGAGCACCACAAGCUCCUCGUGGCGGCCCCAAAAGGGCCCUGGCUGCCGCGACUCCGAGGCGUAGGAGGUGUGGAGAGGGUUCACAUCGCCACCCUCCUGGCCGAGAACUGGGCGGAUUUCUGCCAGAAAGUCCAGGAGGUAAACUGGCUGGGACAGUUGGAGCUCCGGCGCACAGCUGGCUAUGACGCCGUUACCUCACAAGGCGAAGUCCUGCGCUACUUCGUGCGAGCGCGCUCCCGACGCCAGGAGGCAAGCACCCAGGCUCCCGAUGUCCAUAUCCUCCAAGAAGCUGUCUACAGCUCCUUGCAGCAGGGCCUCUCCCGAGCGCGGCCUGCGUCCUCUCUGCAGGAAGCCAAUCUGGUCGUUUGGUUAUCUGCUGGUCGCAGCGUGGUCUGCGGUCUUCCAGUGCUUUUCCGCCGAAGUGCCGCGCCAAACUUACCCUUUUGGGGCCUCCACCGCGCUGUGGGAUUCGCGCUGGGAGCAGCGGCGAAGCUGCAGGAGGGGGAGCUGGUCCUGGAUCCCUUUGCUGGCCGCGGGGCGCUGAUCGCUGCCCUGGCCCGGCGGUGGCCAGGCCGAUAUGUAGGCAUUGAGCUUGAUCCGGCGCGAGUGGCCGAAGCGGAGGCCAACUUGAAAUCCGCUGGGCUCGGUGGAGUGGCAGAGGUCCGAUGUGGCGACGCUCGGCAGCUUCCACUACCAGAUGACUCUGUCGACGUCAUCGUCUCGGAUCUUCCGUUUGGCCGCAAGUACGGCAGCGUGGAGGGCAACCGCAGCCUCUAUCCGGCAGCCUUCCGAGAGGUCCUCGACUCGGCGCUGUCCGCUGCGCAGCUCUGCCGUGUCGGUGCCAUGGCUUUUGCCUUCGGAGGCAGGAGCGAUGAUGCUGGUUGCAAAGCCGUUUGCUUCACCAAAGGUGGUGGCGACAGGCUGCUCUUCGACUGGAGCCUUGAAGAGGCCGAGGAUUCAUGGCUUGGCGCCAGGUACAUUGGUACAUGCGAAGCCUUUAACUGUGCCCCCAGAGCCUACAAAGCCUACACCGGCAACUGGACCAGGGCGAUUGGCAGCGCAAGUGGCGUUUUGCAGAGACAGUGCCCAAGCCCAAGCAUGAAACGGGGCAUUCUCGCCAUCAUUGGUGUCAAUGCCUCCGACUUACUGUACAUGAGGGGCUUUGUCAUUCUGCAAUUUAGAUGGACGUCUACUCGCCUGGCAGACCUGCAGGUGCAUGUAUUCAAUUUCGUCUAUCAAGAUCAGAAGGAGGUCUCUGCCGACACCCUCUGGCGGCCGGGUGCUUGGAAGAUGGUUGUCCGUGCACAGAGGGGCCAGACGCCGCGUAAGAGGAGAGGUGGCGGCGGCGGCACCCGCAAGAAGGUGGCUGCAAUUUUGCGGCGUCUUCGCGCGAGCCCAAAGAACCAGGCUCGGGAGGAUGUGGAGAUGUUGCUCACGCUCGCUCCGAAAUUGAAGCCAAAGGAUCAGACGCAGAGCAUCACGCUUCUGGGGAGGCGCCUCCUCUGGCAAGAGGCCUUGCAAGUAUUUCUGCUCGCCGGCGAUGCAGUGGAUACGAUCAGCUUCAACACUGCCCUUUCCGCUUGUGAGCGGAGUCAGCAGUGGGAACAGGCUCGCUUCCCGGGGCGUCCUGUUGCUAACGUUGAGACGGCUCCAGGCACAGAAGGUGGUGAGCCGGAUGCGGCACAAGCUUUGGCGGUGAGUUUGUUCGAGUCGAAGUUGUGGGCAUCUGCCACCGGCUUGGAUGUCCGCGGCUUACUUCUGGGCCUCGGAAGCAACGCAUCGACCGCCAAGGGCCGCGUCGCCUCCUUUUUCGGGGAGAGGUUCACGCCGUUGCGCCCGACUGCCAUGGCAGAGUCUCCGGAGAAGACGCAUCAGGUGGCAAAGGGUUUGGAGGACUACAGCGCCAGCUCGCCACGAAAUGAAGGCGAGCAGCCCCCUGCCGCUGUGGAGUCGGACCCGGAGUGGACACCAUCAGACCGGACGGAGGCGGAUUCCCCGGCCCAGGAGGUCCCGGCGACCACGGCCCACUGCUCCAUGUCUCCGGGUGAAAGCCUCAUUGUGGCGCACUUGUCCUGGCGCGCAGCAGCGACAGCGCUGCGGCACAGCCUGGACGUGGCGUCAGUGUACCUUGCCUCCGCGAUGGGAGGUGACAUGCCCCUUCGCUGGGAAGAGAUUCAGGCCUGCGACAUGGAAACGCUGCAGGAUCGCCUCGGUGCCGUGUUGCGCGGCUUGCUGCGUGGGCUGGAGGCGUGCGAUCUUCGACUGAGCCGGCUGGCCGUGGAGUUGGACUGCCUGGACGACGGUGAGGCAGAAGGGCUCUUCGGCUCCGAGGGCAAGCUCAAGGAGGAUUUGGAGGAGAUCCAGGCAGUGCGUGGAGAGGUGGCCGAUUUCGCAGAGCGGGGUCGGCACUGGGAAGCUUCGGCACCACGGGCGUUGGGUCACAUUGUGGGCCUCGAAGCCAUCUCCGACUUUGUCGGCGAGGCAGUACCCGCCCUGGACGAGUUCGUGGCCCACUGUGGGGACUUUGCGGCUCGGCGGCGCGCGGCCGUGGCUCGGGCCAAGGCUGCCAUCGAAGUAGCGGAUGCCUCGGAGCGCGCCACCGCCGUGGCGAUGCUGCAGGAUGCACUGAGCCCCUCGAGUCGUGUCGACUUUCCGAGGGUCACGGAAAUCUGCCAGCGCGUCGCAGAUCGACCUGAUGAGGCCGCGCCAAGCGCCGCCAUGCUUUGGGCAGCGAUGUCCUCAUCUUCGGCCUCGGAGGACAGCGAGUCGCCCAAGAGGCAGCUAAAGGCCCUCACCAUCGCUCACGAGCUGCUCUAUGACGAACGUGUCCUUUCCGCCUUUGCUGCACUGGAGACCGCGCCUUUACGAGGUCUCGAAACUCUGGCUCCUGGUUCCAUUCUCGGCAAGCCCGCCGAGGAGGCAGUGAGAAUGCUCGCUGCAGAGGUCCGUCGUCGUGUGGAGGAGAAGCAAGACACGGUUGCGCGCAGCUCCAGGCGCCGUGCCACUUGGAGCUUCCCCUCACUGCGCCGCGCGCGCUCAGGAGCUGCCGAGUCCUCACCAACCCAGCAGCCACGGCUCCAGCUGUCAAAAUCGGCGCCACUGGAGGCAAGGCAGGAGCCCGACCUCCUGGAAGGGCCCGAGGCCCUGCUCCGGCAACUCCGGCGAUGGGGCUCAUGGUACCACAUCCGUGGGGAGCAGGAGAAGCAGAUCCUUGGAGAGCUGCGACAGCGCUUUCUUUCUCUCCUGAAUGGCCUGGCGCGCGUGGCAGAGGAGCUGGACUGCCUCGACGACGGCUCGUCAGGGAUCGACCUCCGCGCGGUCGUCGCCCAGCUGCAACCUUUUAUGCUGUCGGCCUCUGACUUGCAGGCCCGGGCCUGCGCCUGGUGUCAGGCCCUGGACGCCUCGCAGCAGGGUUGCGGGGCGAGCUCACCAGUUGCCACUUCACCACUCUCUGCUGGCUCCUCUGUGGACGUCGAGGUGCCGGCGGUAGAACCAGAGCAUCUGGCCGACUUUUUGGAAGAGGCUCUGGCUGCGUUCGCCUCCUUGUCGCGUCGGCUCCGGGGCUGCGCAGCGCUGCGCCGGGAGGUGGUGGAGCAGGCAAAGGCCAGGAUCGAGGCUGGCCCCAUCCAUGCCUUCGAGGUUCUCCCAAAGGGAGAUGCACGCUCAAGCGGCUGGUCGUGA